CUCAGCCCCUCAGUGCUGCCAACCUGUCAGCUCCUGGGCAGCAGCACGAGGGCUGGGUGGGGGCUGCCCUGCAGAACCACGGCGAGAGGGUGCCCGUGGAGGAAGAGGAGGACAAGGAGAGCUCAGGCUUGGCCAAGGAGCUGUGGGAUGAGCUGCACUUGUCUGGGGGUGCUAAAGGGGAGAGUGGCCUCGAGGAUGACUGCCCCCCUGAGCUCGUCAACGAGAUUGUGGGUCACUUAACCGUGAAGGACAUCAGCAUCGAGAGGAUCAGCUUUGAUUACUCCAGCUAUGGAGAUGCCCAGCUCAGCGAGGGGGAUUUUGGGCACGUCACUGAAAUCUAUGACUUCUCCCCCUCCCUGAAAACAGAGAAUCUCUUGGAAGUGUUCUCAGAUUUCCAGGCCGGUGGUUUCAAAAUCCAGUGGGUGGACGACACGCACGCCCUGGGGAUCUUCUCCAGCCUGUCUGCAGCAUCUCAGGCCCUGGGGCGACGUUAUCCUUCUUUAAAGAUCCGACCACUGAUCCAUGCAACAAAACAGUCUAAAAUCAAGGCACUGCAGCGACCAAAGCUCCUUCACCUGGCAAAAGAAAGACCCCAGACUGACACUGCUGUGGCCAGGAGGCUGGUGAGCCGGGCUUUGGGUUUGAAGCACAAACAAGAGGGUGGCUCAGGCACCGACCUGCUCCUGCCAGAAAACUUGGACCAGGAAGAUUAA